AUCAUUAUCACACAACUGAAAAGAAGGGAAUUAAAUGAUACAUAACACAACACUAUCUUGUGCUCUAAAUUUUCUGAUUUUGCACAAAUUUGUAGAUGAACCUCUUACUCCGAUCAUUUUUUGUUCUUUAUAGAAAAACAAUUUGGGGGCGUGGCUUCGAGUCAUAUGACCUUUGACCCUUUACAGCUAAACACAAGCCGCCAUAUUUUGUACAACGCAAGGAAUGAAAGAAGAAAGUUGGAAGACAGUUUGCUAAUGUUAAAGAUUGCAUAAAUCUCUUCAUGAUCUGCGUGGUAUUCUGAUGUUUGGUGGGGAUCAGCUCCUACAUAGCUGUUCAGCCUUACCCAGUCAGAGCGAAGACAUAAAACUCCACAACGCAGACAGUAAUACAGAGACCCCAGCUGUUUCUAAGAAAAGGAGAAGGAAAACAAAUCUUUGGCUUCACAGACCAAAGCAGAGAAACCCAAGACCAGCAUCUCCCUACGAAGGACUUGUACGGGACGGGAUGUCGGUGAAUGGUUUUAGUACAGAGGAUGACAGUCGCCAGGGUCAUGACCAGAUAUGCUGUUUGAUUGACAAUGGUGAGCGUUGUAACAACAAUGCAGGCAAUGCCAGCUACAGCAAGAGAAUACAGAAAACAGUGCAACAGAGGAAACUCAAGCUAGCACGAGAUGAUAGGGUGUCACAUAUUUAUAUCUGUGACUAUCAUAAAAACGUGAUUCAGAGCGUCCGGUCGAAGAGGAAGAGGAAAGAUAGCGAGGACGAGAACGGCUCAGUGGACGGCUCGGAAGACUUACCCGAGAUUGACUUUUUUCAAAUGCCAGUCAACACACUCAGACGUUACAAAAGACACUUUAAGUUGUUAACCAGGCCGGGGAUGAACAAGGCCCAGUUAGCAGAUCAUGUUGCCAGGCAUUUCAAGUCAAUUCCAGUGAUUGAGAAAGAGGCUUUAACAUAUUUUAUAUAUAUGGCAAAGAACUAUAAGAGUCGAUUUGAUCAGAAGCAUUUAGAGCAUGCAAAUUCUUAAAAUUUUUCCUCUCGUGGAAUAAGUGCUAGUCUAAAAAGAGUGCUGAAAGGCAGAGCAAGUGAAUAUCAAUAAUAUGCGACACAGUUCCAGGACAGAUCCAGGGGAGGGGGUUCUGGCCCACUGGAAGUUUGCUGUUUACAUUUUUCAGUGUGAUUGUUUUGUUUUUAGGACUCUACCCCUGACCCCUUUUAAAUAUACUGUACAUUUACCACUGAAUUAUGAAUCUUUUCUUUAAGCCCUAAUUGCACAUUUGCUGGGCUUUGCCACAUACAAUGUAUGUGUAUAUAUACAUUAAUUGACAGAUGUACACGUAACAUAAACCUUGAUUUUUGGGGUUUGUGUGUAUAUGAUAAACUUUAAUGAGUUUGUUGACCAUUGCCUUUAGUAUGAACUAGUUAGAACAACACACAGACUUCUAACACAAGUUUGGUGCUUAUGGAUUAAAACAUAAAAUGGCUAGGUUCUGCUGUCUACAUGUUUGCGCUUCAUGUAUAUACAUUAACAGACAGACACACAUGUAACCCAAACCUGUAUUCUAGUGAAGGGUGUGUGUGUACAUGUAUAUGGUAAUCUUUAAUGAGUUUACUGUAUUCUAGUGAAGGGUGUGUGUGUACAUGUAUAUGGUAAUCUUUAAUGAGUUUGCUGUAUUCUAGUGAAGGGUGUGUUUGUACAUGUAUAUGGUAAUCUUUAAUGAGUUUGCUGUAUUCUAGUGAAGGGUUUGCAUGUACAUGUAUAUGGUAAUCUUUAAUGAGUUUGCUGUAUUCUAGUGAAGGGUUUGUGUGUACAUGUAUAUGGUAAUCUUUAAUGAGUUUGCUGUAUUCUAGUGAAGGGUUUGCAUGUACAUGUAUAUGGUAAUCUUUAAUGAGUUUGCUGUAUUCUAGUGAAGGGUUUGUGUGUACAUGUAUAUGGUAAUCUUUAAUGAGUUUGCUGUAUUCUAGUGAAGGGUGUGUGUGUACAUGUAUAUGGUAAUCUUUAAUGAGUUUGCUGUAUUCUAGUGAAGGGUUUGUGUGUACAUAUACAUGUAUAUGGUAAUCUUUAAUGAGUUUGCUGUUGGGCAUGGCAGUUCAUACCCUCAUGUAUUAUUUAUUUCAUAUAUUUACUUCAACUUUCACCAAAUUAGAUGUAGUAUAUUUACCUGUAUUCAUACACACAUUGUUUACAACUGCAACACAUUCAUGAGGAAAUGGCUAUCAUCACAAUUUGUUGAGAUAUGAAAGGCAAACACAUUGCAAAUUUAGGGUAAACACAUUGCAAAUUUAGAUCUAUAGACACAGCAGAUAGGUAGAUUUACAACCUGGUUUGAUGGGGUUUGUGUUUUUGGUUUUCCUGGUAAAUGUUGGUACUGACCCUUCUUAGCAAUAUAUCCUGGAUCUGUCUUUGUAAUAAGUGUGUCAAGGUCAAUGUUAGUGUGUCAAGGACUGUGUGUUGGAGAUGAUAGCUGGCAUGGUUAGCCAUACGAUCAGCACAUGGUGCUCUUACUGAUGAAUGUAGUAUGUGGAAUAAAUAAUUUUGUUAUGAUUAAAUCUGUUUGAUAUCAAGAAAAUCUUUGUUACUCUGUAAACAUAGAAUUCCUAUACUCUGUGCAACUCAAAUUUGUCGCAAAGUACAGUUUCAUUAAAAUACAGAGUAUAU